UACAUCAUGAUUUUCAAUUCUGAAAUCUCAGGCCAAUAACAACACACAACAUCACCUGUUGUUACUGGUGGCAGUGUCAUAGCUUUAGUUUACAAUGGAGGUGUAAUCGUUGGAACUGAUACUCUUUGUAGUUAUGGAAGCAUGGCAACAUUCAAGUACAUAAUGAGAAUACUUCAUUUAGGAAUGUAUAGAAGAUUGCCUAAAUAUCCAAAAACACAAUUUAUGCAUCCAGUGGUGAAUUUUCUGAUUUCUAACAAGUCGUGAAGGAAUUAGCAAAAAUCGAUAGAUCAGCCUUAUAAUAUGAUGAUGGGGUUCAUCCUUCUCCUAAAGAUUAUGGCAAUUUCUUAGCAAGAUUGUCCUAUAAAAAGAGAUGCAAAAUUAACCCCUUGUAUUUACAGAAUGUUAUUGCUGUAUUGCAUUUAGAAUAAUAUUUAGGGAUUUCAUAAUGGAGAGAGAUAUUUGGGACUUGUUGAUAUUUAUGGCACCUAUUUAGAAUCAAACUUUAUUACAACUGGAUUUGCUAGUUAUUUCUGCAAAGCCAUCAUCGCUAAUUAUUGGAAUGAGAAUUGCACUCUUGAUUAGGCUAAACAAGUAAUCAGAGAAUGCUUUAAAGUAUCAAUGGAUUCUACCUAUAGGUCUUAUUCUGCAGGGAUUGCAGAGCUCACGAUGUUAUUUAAUUGGCAUAUGUUGACGCAUAAGGUGCACACAUUGAAGAGCCCGAGAGAGUCGAGACUAAAUGGGAUUUCAAUGGAUUCAAAUCUAGAGCUAAUGAGAAAUUACACACAUAAUGAACAUUAUUAUUAUAUGAUUUUUAUAAU